UAUUCUGCUGAUUUCAUUUGCUCACGCCCGGUGUAGACUGCUCUCGAAGCGUCUCCUCAACCGGUGGAAAGCGGAAACAAGCCCGAAAUUGAAAAUCUGCCGAGCAAUUUGCCAAGUUCUCCUUCUCCACAAUCUCAUCGAGCAUCCGGAGCUCGACCCUCGACUUCUUCUGUUUAGAUGGAGGCGGCGCCGGACCAGCAAUCUCCGUCGCUCGACGAUUGCCUCAAGCUAUUGAAAGGCGAGAGAGACGAGCAGCGCCUAGCUGGCCUUCUCCUGGUGACGAAAUUCUGCAAAGGGGACGACCUCACUUCGCUGCGCAGGAUUUACGAUGCCGUCGGGACGCAGUUCCUUGACCGCCUCCUCAGAACCGGAAUGGGACAAGGAUCUACUGAUGGCAGUGACAAUCACGAUGCAUACUUGCAGCUGUCGGUAACUGUUUUAGCUGCAUUCUGCCGUGUUAUUGAGAUUGCUGCUUCAAAUGAUAUGGUGUCAAAAAUCCCUCUCAUACUUGAGAUUUUGUCAAACAAAUCUGGUUCCUCUAUACUUGAAGAAUGUUAUGAAUUCUUAUAUCUAGUGCUCUCUGCAAAUGAAGAUGGAGUUGUUUCUUUCUUUGAAUCCAGAGGCUUGAAGGUGUUAGCCCCUCAAAUGUCUACAUUUUCAGAUGUUUUGGCAGGUUCUCGUCCAAUGGAGCUAGCCAUGAAACUUGUGCAACUGUUGCUGGGAAAGCUGUCUCUGGGCUUUAUUAGCAAUGCUUGUCUUGAGGAGCUUUCAAUAAUCGUUGCUGCUAUAGCGAGGCAAUUUGCUGUCCUCCACAAUGCAUUAAAAUUUGAAGCGCUGCAUAUACUGUCAGCUAUCUUCUCUUCAGAACUUUCGGCAUCGCUUCAUGAGGCACUUCGUGUAAUGCCAAAUGGUAUUUGGUCCGAUAAUUUAAGGAUCGGCAUCACAGCAAUCCUGCAAAACCGCGUUGCUCCUGCCGACAAGCUUCAUGCCCUUAUUUUGGCUGAGUCUGCUGUCUCAAUAAUGGGUGAGAAGUGGUUCAUUAAUCAAGUGAACUUGCCUGAUGCAAGGGAGCCCAUUCCAGUUGACAGGUGUCUGUUGCUGGUCUUAGAAUCUUCUAGGGUUGAAAUUGCUGUAUUGCUGAAUGAUGUGGCCUACUUGAAAUAUGAAGCCUCAAAGAGUUCGUCCUCCUCCAAUGUGGAUUCUAUCCUUUCAAAGCAGCGAACUUUGGCUAUUGCCUUUUCCUUGAUUGAGAAGAUAAUUAGACUAGUUGCAAAUAUGGCUGCAGAUGAAGGAGAUCUUAUUGACGAGGAUACCUUCACAAAGGUGAUCCACGGACUUAAUGAGACGAUUGGUGUGGUUCUGGAGUACUUACAAGAUGCAAAGGAACAUGGAGAGAAAAAGGGAGAUGAUCUUCUUGCGUCAGUGCGAGUUGUUGGGAGCUAUCUUGCAGAGACACCUGUUGCAUGCAAAGAGAAAGUCCAGGAGCUCCUACCUUUUAUGCUAUCAAUUGAAGGCAAUGAUGAGCCUAGUCCAUUCUAUUCUGUAUGCUUUUUGCUACCUAUGCUGUGUCAAACAACGAUGAAGACCGAAGGAUGUCAAGUUUUAGCCUCCUUUGGAGGGGAUAAAGCUGUUGUGGACUGCCUCAUUAAAAUGAUUGGUACACAUUCUUACAAGGUAGAGGAUACUGACAGCAUCUUCCUGGCUUGUGAUACUAUCAUGAACCUCCUUCUGAAGAAAGAGAAGGUGCCAUUAUCACUAAAGGACCCCAUCUACAUCAAUUUGUUGAGAACAUUAGUAAGCUGGGCAGAGAAUACUGAUGACCCAACUGUGACAAUGAUGGCAUCAAGCAUAUGUUCGCUGAUAUUAGAUCAUUCUUCAGAAGAGGCUCUUCUAGGUUAUCCAAAUUUCAGUCGCAGCGAUCUUCAUAGCUUGUGUCGGCUCAUUGUUAAAAGUCUCGCUUCAAAUGAGACGGAUAUGGUUGAUGAAGCUAGAGCAGACUUGGAUCUUCAAGAGAUUAUCUCAUCGGGAUUUUCCCGGUGGUCACAUCGUUUUCCUUAUAUACAAGGCACGGUUGAGAGGGAGCUUGGGCAUCGUAUGUGACUCAUGGUUCACUUAAUCUUAGUACAUGUGGAAGUGGUUUAUCCAAAUCUCCCAACAUCUUCAGAUUGGCUAACUGGAGAAAGAACGUCGUUGGAGAGGAAUACUUGACCAGCACUAACAUAAUACCUGGCCAUACUCGUUUUUCUUUGCAUCUGUCUGGUCCCAUCUUAAUCAGGUAUCCAAUGAAAUCAUCCUAUGCAGUUCUUUAGCGUAAAAUCACAUCCAUUUUCUUGGUGCAUUGAGCAAAUGUAACUCUAUGUAGCAUCGAAUGUGUAAUCAUCAAGAGGCCAAGAAACAUGUAGCAUCUCUUCUUUCAAUGUAAUUUAUCUGGAUUUCUUUGGCAAAUAGCUUUAGAAUCUGUAAUUUCAUAUAUGAAAAGAGUCCUCUGUCUA